AUGGUCGAUAGCAAUCCCCAUGCCGAGGGCACCUCCCGCAAUGUGUCGCAGACAUCAAGAGGAAGGGGCAGAUCUACAUCAACGACAAGACGACACGAGGGUACCCCUGGGCCCAAUGCGGACGCAGCUACGGCCAUCGUUCGGGAACGAGCAGAAAGUUCCACCACUCCGACAUCUCAUCCUACACAAUAUGAAUCUCCCGAUGCUGAAACACGCUCAUCUCCUCAGCAUCCAUCUCCAAAUCACAGCGACAUCAACCAACAUAGUCGAGGAUUUGAUCAAUCCGGUUUCCCCUUGACCGGAGACCCCCGAGUAGUGGUGGCAGCCUCACCACCUUCUCCUCGGCUACAACCGACCUACCGAUCAACAAGAUCGUUGGGUGCUUCAGAGGCCACUUCUCCGAGCCGCAUAAAAAUACGAGACUUGUCGCACAUACGGAGUUUUGCCAGCGAAGAAUAUCUGGCUCGACCUCGAAUGGGAAAUCGUUCGUCCAGUUUCUUCUCGGAUCCUGGGAGACAAUACGAGAUCAGUUCUAUGCCGGUUACAGACAUCAUUGAAAUGGUCGCCGGGCUGCUCACUAAAAUUACUACUACGAAUGACAGACAACAUGAAUAUCAUCGACCGAUGCCACUCACAGAAGAACAGAGCCACCUCAACCCUCACGCGUCUUGCGUGUUGGCGUUCCACGGCAGAAACGUACCAGGCAUAACUAUCCUGAGUUAUCUUAGCCGAAUCCACAGGUACUGUCCGACGACGUACGAGGUGUUCUUGAGCCUGCUGGUAUAUUUCGAUCGCAUGACUGAGAUGGUCAAUCGGGAGCUACUUGGCCACGGUCAACGGCAACCAAAUGAUUCGCCUGCGACUGCUCCUGAAUCCUCGACUCCUACACCACGGUCUCCCAUGUCUAUGAGUGUAGACAGUCCGCAGGAACACCAUGAUAUUAGCGUACCACCCACUACGUUUGGUCAACAGUCUCCACAAAUUUCCGCUUCCAUGCCGCCCUCUAGGACCCCUGGCGACUUGUCCCAGUUCUUCGUUGUUGACAGCUACAAUAUCCACCGACUCAUCAUAGCUGGUGUUACCUGCGCCAGCAAGUUCUUUUCGGACGUCUUCUACACAAACUCUAGAUAUGCCAAGGUUGGAGGACUCCCGUUGGGAGAGCUGAACAACCUCGAGCUCCAAUUCUUACUCUUGAACGACUUUAGACUUGCCGUUCCGGUAGAAGAACUUGAAGCCUAUGGCACAAGGCUUGUGGAAUUCUACGCCAGGGAGAUGGUCGCACAACAACAGGCUGGCCACGUCGCAUCGUCACCACAGUCUACUGAUGGCAUGUACAUGGGUUCUACGUCAAGGCCGGCAGGAGAACCAUCUGCACCACCUACAUCGUAG